UCCUCAAAGUCUAACUUCAAGCAAAGUUCCUUUCUCUCCACCUUCUACACAGUGAUUAGCUACACUUUUAACGAAAGGGUGCAAGUGGCGACAUCUGCUGGACAAGAAGGGACAUUACUACACGUUCAUUCAGUAACUUCAAGAGAGGAGGUCACGGGGAGCCUGGAAGCUCUCCCAGGGGGACUCGGGGCAGAUGUUAGUCAGCAUGAUACUGGCAAAAACAUUGCAAAAUGGCACAGUCAGGUGGUUUUCAGGAUGUCAGGAUUAAACAAUUCACCCAGCCCUCUGUCCACCACGAGUAACCAGUCAGAGGACUCUGUGCACACAUCCAGUUAUGAGAGUGAGAGUAAUGAGUCUGAUGAACGUGAGGACUCGAGGUUAAAGGUGCCCAGCAUACCGUCUCCUCGCAUGGUGGAAGCGGCAUCUCCAACAUCUGUCAAAUUUGACCAGUCAGUGGCCCCAAGAAUUACAUUCCAAAACAGCCUGAAGCACAAGGGGGUAUCACCAGCUCCUAUGUACGGUUAUCAGGGAAAGGACCAGUUAUGUCCAGUUAUGUUCAGCCCAGCAUCAGUGACUAUUCGUGCAUCCUGGGACAAACCAAAUUCACCAGCUGUAUCAUACAACUCAAUGACAAGUGUCCAGUCUAUGAACCCUCCACUUAAGUUCAGUCGAGAGCCUGAUGUGGUGGGAAGAAAAGAAGCAGCAUCUCCAGCUCCCACAAUGGCAUCUGUUCAAUCCGAGCAGUCAAUGGAUCCACCUGCUACAUUCAGUUGCAGGUUAAAGGUGCCCAGCAUACCGUCUCCUCGCAUGGUAGACGCGGCAUCUCCAGGUCCAACAUCUGUCAGAUCUGACCUGUCAGUGAUUCCAAGAGCUACAAUCAAAGUCAGUGAAUCAUACACCAGUCUGAUGAUGAGGGAACACUUGAGGUGUUCAGUGUGUAAAGAUAUGCUGAAGGAGCCUGUGUCCAUCCCAUGUGGACACAGUUUCUGCCAAACCUGCAUCCUGUCCUACUGGACCAAACCAAUCCAUGCAGGAAGCUACUCCUGCCCUCAGUGUAGGAAGAGAUUUAAAACUUGUCCUGCACUGAGCCUAAACCUGACUCUGGCUAACGUGGUGCAGACGCAGCAGCAGGCUGGGUUCAGUCCUGCUCUUCUUCCUCAAAGCUACGCUGGCCCUGGAGAUGUGGCCUGUGAUAUCUGCUCUGAGAGUAGCAUCAGAGCGGUGAAGUCGUGCCUGACCUGCUGUACAUCUUACUGUGAAACCCACGUGAGGCGGCACUACACUGUAGAAGCGCUGCAGGAACAUAUCCUCAGGGAGCCAACAAAAGAUCUGGAGCAGGAAGUCUACAAAACUAAUACUCCAGUUGAGGUUGGACUUAAGGAUCUAAAGAGCAAUAUGAUGAAUGAGAUGAAGCAACUCGAAAACACUGUUAAUAAAAUGACAGUGAAAUUGGAGGACCUGCAGAGAAGUAUUACACAGAUUACAGAGGCCCAGCACCCAAGAAAAAGCAAUCACACAGAGGACUUUGUCUUUCAGGUGCUUGAUUUUGCUGUGCCUGACUUCCAGUUGCCACAGGAAUGAAAUUUUUUUCUUCCAGCGUAGCCUUCAGUGAUUAAAGGAUCCUCUGUGAACCUGUUUUCUGCUCAGACUCACGCAGAUGUCAGGAUUAAGAUGAAGCCACUCUGAGCUCUGGGCCUGAUGUUCUUCUGAGUCGCUCUGAACUCCGGUCCUGAAGGUCCACCGCAUGUUCUCACUGCUCCGAAUGCACCUGCUUAAGCUUAUGUACUACUACGUUUUUGUUUUUUUUUCUUCUUUUUUUUUGAGAUGGAACUCGUAACUCGUCGAUGAUUUUUAUCAUCAUUAUUCCAUCCACAAAGCUGCAAAAGAGACGAGACUGAGAUAAUUGCAGACCGCAUUAACACCUACCUGAGAUUCGAUCACAGAGUGAGACAGACGAGCUCCGGAGGCGAUCUGGAUGAUGUAAUGAUCUCAAUGCAGGCUGAGGACAUUUACUUUUUUUUUUUUUGCAGUCUAAUGUGUUUUGGGUCACAGAAAACGUGUCCCAAUUCACUACAAAUUGCACCAAGAAGUUCAGGAUGUGCCGAUUUAACACUGGCAUUAAUCGUUUAUUUAAAAUUCACUCCUGAGCUCAGGUUACUGUCUGACGUCAUGCCCACGUAGGUUCGCUCAGGCUUCUCCAGUUUCCUCUCACUGACCGCAAACAUGCCCAUGUGGGAUAAAUUACCUCUGGGGUGUGUGUGUGUGUGUGUGUGUGUGUGUGUGUGUGUGUGUGUGUGUGUGUGUGUGUGUGUGUGUGUGUGUGUGUGUGUGUGUGUAUGUGUAUGUAUAUGUAUAUGUAUAUGUAUGUGUGUGUAUGUGUGUGUGUGUGUAUGUGUAUGUAUGUGUGUGUAUGUGUGUGUGUGUGUGUGUGUGUGUGUGUGUGUAUGUGUGUGUAUGUGUAUGUAUGUAUGUAUGUAUGUAUGUGUGUGUGUGUGUGUGUAUGUAUGUGUGUGUGUGUGUGUGUGUAUGUGGUCCCCAGAGCUGGACUGACGUAUUAUCCAGUGUGUUCCCGGGUUAGACUGCACCAGAACCCUGUUCAGGGUAAAGCUCUUACUGAAGUAAGGAAUGAAUGUUGAGCGCUAUACUGCACUUUUUUUUUUUUUUUAAACAUCACGUUCAUGUUAUGUUGAAGAGCCGAUAGAUUAUAUUAGAUUGUAGAUACAAUUUGUUAACAGUGCAAAAUUGACUUUUUUUCUAUUGGAAGCAGUCUCGGGUCGUUUCUAAGAGAAACGUUAGAAACGUUUACAGUAGCAGUGUAUACGUAAUGUAACCGUUACUCCCUCGAUUCUAAUUGGUCAGAACAUUCAGUGUUUUCUGUGCUCAGAGUUUGAGCCUAACAACGUUAGACUUCAUCCACUUGUAUUUCUUGAACUUUUGUGAGCUGAAUUUUUCCUCUUUAGCUUUACUCUUUAUAUUCAAAGAACAUUGUCAUUGACGCUGCUUAUUUCCUGCUUUACAGUGACUUACAGCGUGACUUACAGACUGAGUUUUUACAGACUGAAAGUAAUACUCAGCUGAGUCACGGUCACUGUAAAGCAGGAAAUAAGCGGCAUAAAUGAGAAAGUUCUUUGAAUAUAAAGAGUUUUGCUAAAGAGGAAAAAUUCAGCUCACUUAUAUUGCUGCAUAAUAAAAAUGGAGUAUUUAUUUUUUCUGCACAUUUGUUUAGCUUAAUGGUUUCCAGAAUGUUUUUUUUUUCUCCCCAUUAAACACUUUCCUUCAUCUUCA